AUGUGGAUUUUCGGAUAUGGUUCAUUGAUAUGGAAAGCGGAUUUUCCUUAUGAAUCGAAAAUUGUGGGACAUAUUCGUGGUUUCGCUCGCAGAUUCUGGCAAGGAAGUGAAGAUCAUCGAGGAGUUCCAGGAAGGCCUGGAAGAGUUGUUACCUUAGUUCCAGAUGAAAAUGAAAGAGUUUGGGGUGUUGCUUAUUAUAUUAAUGAAGCUGACAGAGAGCAAGUCAAAGCCUAUUUAGAUUUUAGAGAAAAGGAUGGUUAUGAAAAAUACAAUGUUCAGUUUAUUCCAUCUUUAGAUAAUAUGGAACCAUUUGAAAUCACAUUGUACAUCGGAAAAGAAGACAACCCCUAUUUUCUAGGACCGGCACCACUCAAAGAGAUAGCACAUCAAAUUUUUACCUCCGUUGGACCAAGUGGCAAGAAUCUAGAAUAUUUGUUGAAUUUGGCCAAAUCUUUAAGGGAGUUGGUUCCUCAUGUAGAAGACAAUCAUUUAUUUAGUUUAGAAAAAGAAGUUAUCAGUUUAUGUCAAAAUUCCAAUAAGCAACAUAGUAUAUGA